AUGGCACCGGCCAACAUGGUGCCUCCCUCUCCGGGGCUGAACCGCACCCCGCUGUCGCCCUGCCUGUCCCCCGUCAGGACCACCUUCCAGGCCCUGUCUCCCUCCAGCUUGUCCCCCUCCCUGAGCAAGAGGUCGUCUCCCCAGGGGAAGCAGGCCCCCACCGGCAGCCCCCUGAGCCACCCCACAGGGUCCAUCAUGACCUCCCCAAAGCUGUGGCAGAAACACUCCAUCUCCAGGCUGGCCGAGGAAUUCUUCUGGAUAGGGGGUAGCGUGGUGGCACAGCCCAAAUGGAGACUAGGACAGAUGGUUGAGAGGUGCAUGUGCACCAUGCAGAGCGGCAGUCAGAUGAUCAAACUGAAGGGCAAGAAGAAAGGCCUGAACCGCUUCUUCUAUCUGGACGAGCACAGGUCCUGCAUACGCUGGCGUCCGUCACGCAAGCACGACAAGGCCAAGAUAACUAUUGACUCUAUCCAUGAAGUGUGUGAGGGCAAGAAGUCUGAGAUCUUCCAGCGCUACGCAGACAACCGCUUCGACCCAAACUGCUGCUUCAGUAUUUACUACGGCGAACGAGUCAAGUCCCUCGACCUUGUCUCGACCAAUGGGGAGGAUGCUCGCACCUGGAUAACCGGCCUCAAGUACCUCAUGGCUGGCAUCAGCGAUGAAGACUGCCUGGCCAGAAGGCAGCGCACCCGCGAUCAGUGGCUCCAGCAGACCUUUUCAGAGGCAGACAAGAAUGGGGACGGCACUCUGAGCAUCGGAGAGGUUCACCAGCUCCUCCACAAACUCAACGUCAACCUGCCCAGGCAGAAGGUCCGAGAGAUGUUUAAGAUGGCAGACACUGAUGAGAACCAGGGCUCGCUCGGCUUCGAGGAGUUCUGCUCCUUCUACAAGAUGAUAUCAACACGCCGGGACCUCUACCUCAUCAUGAUCUCCUACAGCAACCACAAAGAAGUCCUGGACCUCAACGACCUGGCCCGCUUCCUGGAGAUCGAACAGAAGAUGGUGGGGCUCCCCAGAGAGCAUCUGCAGGAGAUCGUGGCCCAUUUUGAACCUUGUCCUGAGAACCUGCAGCACAUGGUACUGGGUAUAGAUGGAUUCACCAAUUACAUGAGGAGUCCAGCAGGAGACGUCUUCAACCCAGAGCACCACACGGUGAACCAGGACAUGACCCAGCCCCUGUGCAACUACUACAUCUCCACGUCCCACAACACCUACCUGACAGGAGACCAGCUUCUGUCCCAGUCCAGGGUGGACAUGUACGCCUACGUCCUCCAGGCUGGCUGUCGCUGUGUGGAGGUGGACUGCUGGGACGGCCCGGACGGGGAACCCAUCAUACACCACGGGUACACCUUAACAUCCAAGAUCCUCUUCAAAGAUGUCAUCGAAACGAUCAACAAAUACGCUUUCAUCAAGUCACAGUACCCAGUGAUCCUGUCCAUAGAGAAUCAUUGCACCGUGCCACAGCAGAAAAAGAUGGCUCAGUAUCUGAUGGAGGUGCUGCAGGACAAGGUGGAUCUGUCCCACAUCAACAUGAAUGAAUGCAGGAAGCUGCCCUCCCCUGAGAUCCUAAAGGGGAAGGUUUUAGUCAAGGGAAAGAAGCUGCCGGCAAACCUCGACCCUGAGGUGGAGGAAGGAGACGUUUCAGAUGAAGACACUGGGGACGACGAGGAAGAGGAUGAUGAGGAUGAUGACACACAGAAAAACCCAAAUGAAAAUGGCCCAGCCGCUGGAAUUCAACCAAAGAGGAAGAAACAAUUUUGCAGAUCCAUCUUGAGGAGCUUCAAACGUAAGAGGAAAAAGUCCAUGAAAGGGAAAAGGCGAACGUCAUCCGUUGGAGAAACCCACCCUGGAAUCCACAGCCAAAACGAAGACACUCGAAUUGUUUACCACCCAAAGAAAAGGAAAACCAUGAGAUUGUCGCGAGCUCUGUCUGACCUGGUCAAGUACACCAAGUCUGUGCGUGUUCAUGAUAUCGAGACACAAGCCUACCUGACCAGUUGGCAGGUAUCGUCCCUCAACGAGACCGUUAUGAACCAGAUCUUACAGCUGAUGCCGGGACAGUUGGUGCGUUUUAACCAGCGUCAACUGUUGCGAGUCUACCCGUCCAACUACAGAGUGGACUCUAGCAACUUCAACCCACAGCCCUUCUGGAACGCUGGAUGCCACAUGGUUGCAAUGAAUUACCAAACAGAGGGCCGUAUGCUUGAAUUGAAUCAAGCCAAGUUCUCAAUUAAUGGCAACUGUGGAUAUAUUCUGAAGCCUAAAUGCAUGUGUAAAGGUGCCUUUAAUCCCGUUUUGGAAGACCCCCUACCCGGACAGAGAAAGGCUCAGUUAGUUGUGAAGAUUAUCAGCGGCCAGCAGCUUCCCAAACCCAAAGACUCUGUGUUUGGAGACAGAGGAGAAAUCAUCGAUCCAUUUGUGGAAGUUGAAAUUGUCGGCCUACCUGUUGACUGUUCCAAAGAGCAGACCAGAGUGGUGGACGAUAACGGAUUCAACCCCAUGUGGGAGGAAACUGUUGUCUUCAAUAUUCAGAUGCCGCACAUUGCCCUGGUGCGUUUCCAGGUGUGGGAUCAUGAUCCAAUUGGUAGAAAUUUCAUUGGACAGAGGACAAUAGCUUUCACUAGCAUGAUGCCAGGUUAUCGGCAUGUGUAUCUGGAGGGUGUGAAGGAGGCCUCCAUUUUUGUUCAUGUUGCUAUUAAUGAUAUAACAGGAAAGGUCAAGUCCAAUGCAGUAAAGGCAGCCAAGAAACAUUUGCAAAAAGCAGCCAAGAAACACAUCAAGGGCCAUCAAAAGCAGCAGUCUGUGGACGUCCCGGUGAUGUGGUCCGACGACGUACAUCCACACCACUUCCGCAAGGACGUGGACUCCCUUUCCCAGGACAGCCGGCAGGCGGACAUGUUUCCUGGUUGGUUGGGGCCGGCAGCCAAAGCCGCCAUUCACAAGGGGGCCGUGAGCGAGCCUGUGAAGCGUGCUCACAGAGCUCAGAUCCAGGAGCCCCCGGAGGCCAGCAGAGGGAUCUUCAGUCGGACAUCCUCCACCGUCUCCAGCUCGGGGUCGACCGUGGUGGAAUUGAGACGGGACGACUCCGAUCACAAAAUCCUCCCGCAGAGAGUCCUUCCCGAUCAUCCUGACCUCGUUACCCAGGGUCCACUGCAAGCGGCAGAAGAUCCGCUUGAUCCAUCGAAUGAAAUCUGGGUUCCACUCGAAAGACCACCGGUUGAGCCGCCUGCGCUAAAGGGGUUCGGUGAGGGACUGGAGCCAGGCAGCAACAUCGCCCUUGAACCCCAGUUGGCUGCAGAGACCCAGUCGGCUGGGGGGUUCCCCCAGCGCGGAGAGCAUCCUCUCCCCUUAAACCCCUUUGUCGCCCUUGCUUCUCCACUACCCCCACCCGUCCCCCCACCGUCCCCUGCCAGGGAAAGACGGACCUUGGAGCGCCCUCCAAAGCAACGGCCGCCCUCGCCAAUACAAACCAAGGGCCGCUCGCAGAGCUGCCCACGGAGGCGGAUUAAUGUUCCGCAGACAUCGGCGGUAAACCGCAAACCUGCCGUCCACUGGCAGAAGCCUCCUGAGGGGGAGCGCGGCAGCCACAGUGACCAGGUGAAGCCUGUACAGAACGGACUCUGCCUGUCUGGCAGCGCAUCCAGCAGUGAUGCAAGCAUAGACAGCCUGGAGCUCAUGCCUUCCUGCGUGCCAGCUGGCAGAGACCAGCGUGGAGGCACCUUGCAGAGAGAGAUGAAUGCCCUCUUUGACCAGAAGAUAAGAGAAAUCCGCUGCAAAUCUCCCAUAUUUUUCAAUGAUGAGUUGUGA